AUGGAUUUCUUUUAUUUUGUUUUUUAUAAUUUAGGUUUUAACUUAGAUAUCAAAGGUAAAUUAGAUACUUAAUAUAGUAAAAAACGAAUUUUAAUGCUAUUCAAGAUGUAAAUUUUAUUUACAACUAAACCAAUUCAAUAAAAAAAAUAUAUUAAAUGCAAUAAUCAGUAACUUUAUUGGCGACUCUCACAAAAAUUCAUCAUCAUUAAGCAAGUAAGGAUGUUAAAAAUCCACAUUUUGAAUGUUCAUAGAAUGGCUGCUUUACUAAUUUUUAUGUUCAGAAAGGUCUUCUUUUCUAAUCUAGUGAAACAAAAGGAGAAUGUGGAACAAAAAAAGGAUAACAUUAAGUAUAUUGUUGUAGAUAAUGUUACUUAAGGAAAUUCAUGUGAUUUUAUUAUAGUAUAUUAACUUCAAAAAUUAUUAUUUUACAAGAUGGUAUUUAUAUUUAUUUAUUGCUACUAUGAUAAUCUUAUACAAAAUCAUAUUUAUAUUCAUAUUUUAUGA